UGCCCCUCCGACAGUCAGAAACAUGGCGCUACGGGAGCUAUCAUCGCUGGAGAAAUAUUUAGGAUUGAAAAAGCUGAACAAGUACAGCACACAGGGGGACAAAAAGGUACCUGUGCUUCAGAGUAACAAUGGUCCUCCUCUGGUAGGGCUGGUGACCAUCGCCUGUCACCUGGUGAAAGACGCCAAGCGCCCAAACCUGCUGGGAGACUCUGCAGAGAGCAGGGCUGUGGUGCAGCAGUGGCUGGAGUACAGAGUCACCAAGCUGGAUGGAUGCACGAAGGAAGACACUAAGACCAUCCUGAAGGACCUCAACCUCUACCUGCAAGACAAGGUCUACAUGGCGGGCAACCAGUUCACCUUAGCGGACACUUUCAUGUACUUUGGAAUCCAUCCGCUCAUAGUGGACCUGUCAGUCCAGGAGAAGGAGCAGUAUGUGAACAUGGCCCGGUGGUUCGACCACAUUCAGCGCAGCCCCGGCGUCCGACACCACCUCCCCCCUGUAGUUGUGCUCAGGAACAGAAUCUACACCAGCAAACACCACUGAGACCUGACCCCCCCCCCCUCCCAGCAUGAUACUUUACGAGCUCACCUGUCUUCUGGACCAGACCUGGGCAGAAUAUCUCCUGAAAGUGUUUUACAUCAUCAUCCUAGGACUUUUUGCAUCUGUCUCCAAGAUUUUUCAUUUCACGAUUCCUGCCUUAAUGUCUCGUCCCGCUCACAUACCUGUUCACUUCGUGUUAGACUUUUAAAUGGUGUUUAACCAGGAAGAUCUGUGAAGAACACAACAACUAACCCAGUUUGAGGUACUGAAACGCCAUUAAGGGAAUGCUUGCUAAUAAAAGUGAAAUUCACUUCAUGUUCUAUUUAUAGUAAUUAUAUUGCUUUUUCCAGUUAAAUCUAACAAUUGGUUGGGAGUACAAUAUUCAUCUGAGGUUUGGUGUCUUACCCUUAAAUCAGAAGGAAGCAAAGAUGCGGCAAUUAUUUUUUGUUAUCUUUUUUUGUUGGACUGUUGGAAGGUUUGUUUCUCAAAGGGAAGGCUGUAUGGUUUUGAAGUGAAGUGCUGCUAGCUUGUUCAAAAGGUGUUUGUAUUUAUAAAUGGUGAUUAUUGUUAGUUUUUGUUUAAUCUGAGCUAUGAACAUGCAAUGGAAUCGAGAUUUAAUCUAAUGUUACUUAACUGACAGUGCAUUAUGUCCUUAGGAAAAGCAGUGUCCGUCAUGCCAUAUCAAUGCAUUAGCAGCGAUAGAUUGUCUAAAUAAAAGUGGUUGCUGGUUCAACACCAUAACCCCAUAAUGUGCACCGUCA